AUGGCUGAGAAUGAUAAUACAGAGUGGGACGAAGCCCAAUGUAAGGAAGCACUUGGUCGCCUUGAGAGGCUUCAAGAGCAGCUGGACUGUCUGCGUCCGUGUAUUCCACAUAUCCUUGACCUGCUUCGCAACCCGCAGCCAUCGCCUCAGCAUCUCGUGAACGAAUAUAAGGAGACUGCUAUUGGCUCAUCAAGAAAACUUACUGCUUUCAAAGCAGCAUGGGAGUCACAAGAGACGAGAAAGAUCAUGGGCCAAGCGCAACAGAGUUUUCGAAAUGAUAUGGAUCUGACAGCAGGCUACCAAGUCCCUCAUUACGGCUGGGCCAACGCAAUGGAGCACACAAUCGCGACAGAAAUCAAGAACGAAUCAAAUGAGAAUCAAAAUUCUGAGUCCGAUGAGUCGGAAGUAGAUGUGUCGGUUGUAGUCAAAGACUUCAGAAAUAAAUAUCCACAUAUCAAGAUUAUUACCGAAUCAGAAAACAGCGUGCUUAAGAUUCGUGUCCCUUUCGACCUCUCAGCACUCAGAUUCACUAUUUCGAGAAACAUCAAUCUGGACGAGGACAAAGCACUCAAAGUACAAUGUGGGGGUUCUGGUUCAUUCUCUGCGGCUGUGACAAGAUGUAUAGCUUCAAGACCAUCGCCUAAUCAUCUGCCUCGCCUUUUGGACAUGAUAGCAGCGUUUCAUAAUUCUGGCUACAAUCCCUGCGCUCGUUGCAAAAAGAUUAUUGAUGACAAUGGGUUGAAGCCUGCUGCACGACGAUCAAGAUCUCCAAAACCUCUCGGUGCUGAUGACCUUUCCUCCUGGGAGUCCUGGCACGAAGGCUGUCUCAAUUGA